GUAAUACAAUGUGGAGUAUAAGAGAAAAAAAGUGGAAAUUCCAACGCAGAACUUGUUAGACCUUUGAUAGUGCAGAGUUAGAGUGGCUCGUGUGCAAUGAUUCGAAGAAAAGAAAAUUGAAUGUGAAAUAAAAAAGUGGAAAUUCCCAACACGGAACUUAUUGAGAGUUAAAGUGGCGGGUUUCCUAUGAAAGAACUGGCGGAAAUUGUGCAAUAACUAUUACUGGCCAUAUGGGUUAUACAUGUAGUAUAAAGUACGCUUGUACAAAGUUGGAUGUCGGCACUUCAGCAUAAGAUCAAGACAAGUAGUGUGUGGAGCUACGUGACAUCAAACGAAGUUCACGGUGCUGUCAUAGUACAGGAGAGAUACAGGUUUCGAAAUCGAGUCUAUAGCAACCCCCGGCAUCUUUCAUCCAGUCAUGGGGCAGUUCCUCCUGCUUGGCUCCGUUUGCCUCUUCCUCCCGUUCCUCGCCAGUGGUCACAUGAUCCACUAUCGGUCAGCUGACCCGUCUGCCUCCUUGCUCAACAGCCAGGCGAGAGGGCCGACCACGUCUAACAUAAGCGACAUCUUCGUUGGAAGGUGUGAAGAGCACGUGCAGUGUCUGCAACAGGACCAGUGUAAUACAAACACUACGUUGAGGGGUACAUGUGAUCAGCUAUGGGGGACUUUCGUGGAUGCGUUUGCCUACAAGGAUCCAUGCCAGGCCGGUAACGAUGACUACGAUGCCGUCAUAGCUGCAGCAAUGCCUCACGCGAACAAAGACGAGUCAUUGUUUUGGUCUGGUCUCCCGAAACUGGCCCUGAAUAACGGUAGGGUCACCGGCAGGUACACCAUUCUAGAGGAAACACUUCCGGGUUAUAUCGCCAAUGGCCUGACCUGGUGUGGUCAGACGGGUGCUCCUGGGAUCAACUACAACACCCCGUGUCCUUCAGCUUACAGUUCAGGCUGCGCUAAUGAAACCAUGUAUACGUUCUGGAGGGCUGCUUCUAGAGCUUUUGCUCGGCAAGCAACAGGGACAAUCUCUGUGGCUCUGGACGGCAGCAGAACAAACCCCCCCGCCUUCAGAAACACCAGUACAUUUGCUACGAAUGAACUUCCCAAUCUGAACACUGCUGCUGUAACACACGUCAAUAUCCUUCUGGUGUACGACAUCAGUGUAAAAGGCGACAACAGGAGGGCGCUGUGUGAUAAAGGCAGCAUCAAAGAUUUGCAGACGCUACUCACCGAUAGAGGUUUCACUUACACUUGUAUAGAAGGUCCGCGUGGUUUCAAGUUCCUACAGUGUGCAGGAGACCCGGACAACGCUCGAUGCGUCGAAGCGUGUAGCUUCGCCGUGAUACCGAAUGCCAGUAUUGCAUUGGUCCUGGCAGCGAGUCUGUUGAUUAAACUGGUGACUGGAGUAAGAAACUAGUUUGUGGACGGAGGCCUUUCUUGCCCACUGAUGGUUGAUUUUGUUUGAAAUUAUUUUGCAACGAUUUAGUCUUGAAUUAGAAUGAAAUUCUGUAGUUAUUAGAAUGAAUCGCCGAACUCACUACAUUUCUAGUGAUUAACAAAAACCUUAAUUCUACCAAAUCAGAUCGCCAUGAUCGACCUGAAAUUGGGUGUAUUUUUUUAAACAUAGCGCCCUCUCUUGAACAGAAACUUAUCAGUUUGAGUUGAAGUUUCACGUUGUUAAUGUUGCAAGACUUUGCUGGGUUUUUUAAAAUUGGAACUAUGUUGCACGACUUGUCUGUUUUGAAUAGAAAUGUACCAAACUGUUUUUACUGCAAAGUUAAUAAUUUGUAUCUCUGUAUAGUUUGUGUUCUAUUCUUAAACAGUAAACAUUUUGUAUGAUAUUUUGUAUGGGGAGGGGGGAGUAGUUUACCUAUAAAUAGAUAGUCGAGGCCGAGAACCACAUUAGCAUACUACAUGUGUAGACGUUUGCAACUACAUGUAGUUGCCAAUAUAGGGGUAGAGGUAGUAAAGAUUAGAACAGUAUAGUAUGACAUUUUACACCGAAUAUAUAUUUUAUUCAGAAUAUGGUUAUUUUGUUUGAAUAAAAGAAUAGCCUUGAAGAGGCCAAACAGCCGUACUUUUAUUUA